GUUGUCAGGGAGGCGUGGUCAUGGCAGUGUGUCAACAAGUUGUGUGUCCGAGGAGACAACCCGGACAACCCAGACCCGUCCAACUCCCUGGAGCAGUGUCGGCUCACUUGUGGUGACUUUGGAUCACUGUGGCCUCUGCCUACUGGAUUUGUGGCCAUCAGUGACAAAGUACGCUACUUUCACCCAAGUGACGUGAGCUUCAACUUAUCAAGUGUGACUGACUUCCAAGCCUAUGCGGUGAAACACCUCUUCACUCGAAUGACCAGAAAGUUUCAAGAUGACCUUCAGAUUAUGUGUGAAGAAGGUUGUGAGAUUCCUUCUCCUAGAGCUAUAGUUUCCAUUGAUGUUGUCACGGCUUCUGGUGAUCUUACUCAAAACUGGCUCACGGAAGAAGGAUAUGCAAUAGAUAUUCAGACUAGAGGGGACCAAGUGAAGGUGGUGAUUCAGGCAGAGACUGUAUACGGAGCUAGACAUGGCCUUGAGACUUUAACUCAACUAAUGACUUAUAUCCCUGCAAACAAACAACUUGUGGUAGUCACUACUGCCAAGGUCAGUGACAAGCCAUCAUACCCUCAUCGCGGCCUGCUGCUGGACUCAGCUCGGCACUAUCUGCCUCUCAGUACACUGGAGAGAACCAUCGACGCGAUGGCUGCUGUCAAGCUUAAUGUUCUACAUUGGCACAUCAGCGACUCCCAGAGCUUUCCUUUGGUAUUGGAGCGUGUGCCUCAACUGUCCAAGUAUGGUGCUUACUCCCAGAAGGAGGUUUAUACUCUAACCAAUGUGUCAGAUCUGAUAGGUUACGCUCGUGCCAGGGGUGUUAGGAUAUUGCUGGAGCUGGAUAUGCCGGCUCACGCUGGCAAUGGCUGGCAAUGGGGCGAAUUUCAUGGUCUAGGAGCCCUUGCUGUCUGUGUCAAUCGUCAACCUUGGAGACAAUACUGUCUGCAGCCUCCAUGUGGCCAACUGAACCCAGCCAACCCUGCGUUGUACGAUGUCCUGGGGGACGUUUUUAAAGACAUCAUCAAGUACUUCUCUACAGAUGCCAUCCAUAUGGGUGGGGAUGAGGUGUACAUACCCUGCUGGAACCAGUCUACAGAGGUCACAAACUGGAUGAAGUCUCGCGGCAAAGGACUGUCAACAGCUGAUUUCCUGGACGUCUGGGGGGAGUUUCACAACAAAGUGGUGCAGGUUUGGGAUCAACAGAUGGGCAACUCUAAGACCCCAGUGGUACUUUGGACUAGCCAUCUGACUGACCCUGACUACAUACAGCAGUACCUGGAUAGGGACAGAUAUGUGAUAGAGGCCUGGACUGAUGCCAUAGACCCAACGGUAGAUCGUCUCCUAUCCCUGGGCUAUAGAAUGAUUGUUGCAACGAGGGACACGUGGUACCUAGACCAUGGGUUCUGGGGCCAGACAGCGUACCACAAUUGGCGCCGGGGAUACGACAACAGACUACCAAACAAACAAGGUUUGCUGGGAGGAGAGGCGGCCAUGUGGGGAGAGCUUGUAGAUGACAGCAACAUUGACUCCAGAAUAUGGCCGAGAGCUGCGGCAGUGGCAGAAAGGCUCUGGACCAAUCCUACAAGUGACAGCAGUGCUGCUGAGUACCGUCUGGUAGCGGCACGUGACCGUCUGGUACGACUUGGUGUGCAGGCAGAGGCCAUCAUGCCUCAGUGGUGUAAACAGAACCAGGGGUCCUGCGCUGGCUCGGCCAACAACUCGUGACAUCUCAGUAAACAUUUUUCAUGUUAUGAAAAAAAAAAACUUCAGACAGCUCAGCUAGGGAGUUG